AUGCAGGCCAUCAAGUGUGUGGUGGUGGGCGACGGAGCUGUAGGUAAAACUUGCCUACUGAUCAGUUAUACCACCAAUGCAUUUCCUGGAGAAUACAUCCCCACCGUCUUUGACAACUAUUCUGCCAAUGUCAUGGUAGACGGGAAGCCGGUGAACCUGGGCCUGUGGGAUACCGCUGGGCAAGAAGAUUACGACAGAUUGCGUCCCCUCUCCUACCCGCAGACAGUCGGUAAGGAUAGGACCUCCAGGGGCACAGACAAGCCGAUUGCCGACGUCUUCUUGAUUUGCUUCUCGCUCGUGAGUCCUGCGUCCUUUGAGAAUGUUCGGGCAAAGUGGUACCCCGAAGUUCGACACCACUGUCCCAACACUCCCAUCAUCCUGGUGGGGACCAAGCUGGACCUUCGGGAUGACAAAGACACGAUUGAGAAGCUGAAGGAGAAGAAGCUGACGCCCAUCACCUACCCGCAGGGCUUAGCCAUGGCCAAGGAGAUCGGUGCUGUGAAAUACCUGGAGUGCUCGGCGCUCACCCAGCGGGGCCUCAAGACCGUGUUCGACGAAGCCAUCCGGGCCGUGCUGUGCCCACCGCCCGUCAAGAAGAGGAAGAGGAAGUGCCUGCUCGUGUGA